AUGAUCGGCCUCACGAAUACGACGCUGAAGAAAGUCCUUGGCCGAGCAUCCAUCAACUUAGUCACUCUCCAGACGGUUGUCAUGGAAAUUGAGGCUAUCCUGAAUGACCGCCCACUAACAUAUGUCUCUCCUGACAUAAAUGAUGAAGACCGUCUCACAUCAUCCCAUCUACUGUAUGGAAGAAGUCUCCCACAUCCUGACACUGAUGCGGACGAUCUAACUGACCCGAGCUAUGGAAACGAUGCUCAUCUCCGAAGGGAUGCUACUCGUGUAGCACUAGUUAUACAACACUUCUGGCAGCGCUGGAAGCAGGAGUACCUCACUUCGCUGCGGUGCUUCCAUGGCGCAACAGGUGGCAGCGGUGAAACACGCAUCAAGAUAGGAGACGUUGUCCAGAUCCACAGCGAGAAGAAGAGGCUGAAUUGGAAACUAGGCGUAGUGGAAGAUCUUAUUAGAGGUGCCGACGGAUGUGUACGGGCUGUAACCUUAAAAACAGCUAAGGGUCACACGAACAGACCUAUCUCCAAGCUAUAUCCCCUUGAGAUUACUACUGAUGUUGUGGAAGCUGCAGACGCGCAGACGGGAGGUCAGCUCCGGUCCAACCAACCUAUCAGGAGAAGCAUGCGAAUCACAGCUGCCACAAGGGACCGCAUCGCAGACUGGGCCCGGCAACUACGCGCCCCCCCGGAGGAUGUCUCAACUCAUAUAUAA